AUGAACCAAAGUCUCAUCGAUAAAAAAUCGAUUUUGGAUGAGAAAUGCGAAACAAAACUAGAGAUUGAGGAUUCAGUUGCUGCGAGAACAAAAGAAAUUGCGAAACGUCCAAAGCGUGAACGUAGUCCUCCUAUUCAAUUAUCUCAACCAGCUCCAAAAAGUAAAAAACCCAAAGAAAUUGUACCAAAACAGCAAGAUAAGGCAAAAUGGACAAUGGAAGAACAAAAACAAUUUUUUUCCGCUCUACGAAUUUAUGGAAAAAAUUUUGAAGCACUAGGACGAUGCUUUAAUGCGCGACGAAGUUUGGUGAAUCCCGACGCGCAAAAACGAACAAAUGGACAAAUUCGCUGUUUCUAUUAUCGUUCGUUUAGAACAGUUUCAAAACUUUGUACAUUGACUGAUGGUUUUGAUAAAAAACCCACGAUAAUGGUAUUACAUCAGCUGAUUCGUAAUGGCAAUGCAUUUCUUCGUGUCAAAGGUCAUCGAGAACAUGUUUCAAUAAUUGGAAAAGCUCUAAAACCUCCGAAAGCAUCAACUGCUAUAAGUUCCACAAAACAAUCGGAUCGCCCAUUGCCGAAUCAUGUCAAAGUAUUACUGAGUCCGGCAAAUAGUUUUGCUUACAUGCGUGUUGGUCUUGCCAUGCGUCAUCCGCACGUUGAAAUGACACUAUCUCAAACGACAACGAUAUUCGAAUUAUCUGAUAAAUUAACACAAUACUGGCAGCUGAAUACACAAGCAGCAUCUUUAUUUAAAGCAUCAUGUUCUCAGUCCAAUAUUAAUGAUGAACAACACAAUGAAUAUAUUGAACAAAUCAUUUUGUAUCCGCAUCGUAUCUAUUCAUCAUCUGUUUGUCAAGAUACAGCAGUAUCAGCACUAGUAUCAACAACAGAUGACCUCAUAAAAAAGACUAUAAACGAACAAUUGAAUGCACGAUGUCGUUCCACAUCUGACUCGGAAAAGUCAUGUUCAUCCACAACAAAAUCUUUACCUACUGCUGACAAUAAUAACUGCGUCGAUAUUUCAUCAAUUACAACUCCAACAUUAACAACACGCAAAAGAAAUAAUUUAUCAGAAAGUGAAAUGAUAUCUGAUUUACCACUUCAGAAAAAAUUGUCACCACCACCACCAGUAUCCUCUUUAUUAUCACUGCCAUCUGGAUUAAAUAAGUCAAGUUUAGCACGUACGGCAAUGAUUAUGGCAGCAAAAAAAGCAGCAUAUAAUCAAGAGACUACAAAUGAACACGGAUUUAUGCUGUCGAAUUUGGAUAUAACUGAAGAUGAAGCAGAUAGCAGUGGUAAUUCUAAUCUUUUAUUUAAACAUCGUUAUGAUAUAAUUAAUUUAAAUGAAGAGGUGUGUUCCGAGGAUGAAGUUGACACUGAUAUGAUUGCUGUUCACAAUGAAAUGGAAAUUGAUAUUCCACUGGCAAGUAAACAAAUUGAAAUAACUGUUAAUAAUGAUGUCAACAAUAUUCAAAUCACACCUGCACCCAUGAUACCAACAACUCCAAAAAUCACCAUGGCUGAUUUACGUAACGGUAUUAGUCGAACAAAUAAUUUUCUCUCUUCGUUAACUAUUGGUCAAAUUCAUAAAAUGUUCCAACGUCCAAAAGAACUUCGUUUUGUUUACGAUUUUACUCGACGAAAUAACAUUGCCAAUAAAGAUGAAGAUGAUCUGACAUUUUUACAUUAUAUUAUUCAAUUAGCUAAUCAAUGUUUAGUUAAUUUAACAGUCCAAAAAGAAACAAAAACGAUGACGAAAAAAUCUACAAAAAAACAACGUACAAAAUGUUUAUGUAGUUGUUGUAAUCAUCAUGGAAAAGAUAAUAAUCGACGUAUAACACCUACAACAACUAAAAUUGUUUCAAACUCGAAUGAAAAAAAUUUAAUAAAAAAUGAUGUAAAUAUAUUAUUACAGACACCAAAACAAUUGCCGAAUGACUAUGAAUCUAAUGUCCAAUACCCUCAUGAACAAAUUCAACAAAAUUCUAAUAUUACAAUCAAUGUACAAUCAAUGGAUGAUUUAGACAAUGUAUUAAUACCCGAGCAAAAUCUUCUUUCACCAUUUUCUUGGCCAACAACGUAUUUGUCAACCUUCGAACAACAACAGCAGACAACAAUUAAUUCAUUACUUACAACAAGCGUCUCAGCGUCCAAUCCUUUAUCGAACAGUAACCAUAGUGGCAUUACAACAACCGUUACAACUUCGAAUUCAAAUAAUAUUCGAUUAAAUUCGACAAAUUCAGUAAUUCAACCAAUUGAUGAUCCAUUAAUUCAAUCUUUGGCUGCAGAGCAAGCAGCGACGGCAGCUAAACGAAUGAUGAAUGAUUCAACCUUUUUAUCUGGACACAAACGAGUAAGAAAACCGCUACGAUAUGGUGAUCAAGCUAUUCGGGCAUCAAAUAUGCAAACAUUACUCAGUGAUGCAGUUCAAAAUGCAUUGGCAGCAAAUAAUCUUGUAUCGGCAAAAACACAGUCAAUGCAGCAAAAGCAAGAUAAUAAAUCAUUCUUGACCACAAUAAAAAAUGAUAGGCGAAAAAUGAGUAACGUUGAUUUUGAAUUUGAUCAAACCACAAUAGUCAAUGCCGCUUUACAGAGCAAAGAUUCACGACUUCGAUUAGAUUGUGAUUGGCCAGAUGAGAUGUCUGAUCUUUCAUUAGGCAGUUUUAGAGAUGUCCUAGAGCAUAAUUCAACAUUACAAUCACCAGAAGAUAUCGACUUUCAUAGCAUGAUAACAAACGAUGAUAAAUAUGUUAAUGACUGGUUAAUUAAAAAAUAUCAUGAUGAUUUUGUUUCGAAAAGCAAUGAUCAGGUAGGUCUGUUGAAUAUUCAUUACAUUAUUGCUGAUUGUGGUGGUGAAUUUAAAGUAUUGUGUUAUUUUUCAUCGUGGACUGGAAUUCAUCCAGAGCCAAAAGUGUGUACACAUAUUAUUUAUACAUUUGCACGAAUCGAAGAAGAUAAUACAUUAACAGGUGUAUGGUCAAAUCCAUUAAAAGAAUUUAAAUUAAAUAAAGAUCCAGAUGUCAAGAUUUUAUUAGCAAUAGGUGGACAAGAUUAUGCGAUAAAACGUGCCGAUGAAAUGAUGUCAAAAAAUGAAUCACGAAGUAAAUUUGUUAUAUCAACAACAAAACUCUUACGUACACAUGAAUUCGAUGGUAUUGAUCUUAAUUUUGAACCAUCGGAAGCACUUGGACUCUCACAAACACCUAAUCCACCACUCAUUGAAGAUAAAAAUAAAUUAACAAAUCUUUGUCGUGAAUUACAAGAAGAAUAUGCCGCAGAAGCCGAAAGAACGGGACGUCAACGUUUAUUAAUUACAGUAACAACGUCUGGUAUAAAAAAACAUUUAGAAUCACGUUAUGAUGUCGAAGAACUUUCAAAAUGUGCUGAUUGGCUCAAUAUACAAGGUUUUGAUUAUCGUGGUUCCCAGGAUAAAAUAGCCGAACAUCCAAGUUCAUUAUAUUCAGCUACAACACAUAGUGGUGCUGAUUUAGAUCUUAAUCAAGCUGCCUCUAUUCGAUAUUUAGUAUCAUCAAAUAAUGUACAACCAUCAAAAUUACUAUUGGGUCUACCGGUUUUUGGUAAAAAGUUUCGACUAACUAGUGAUUUACAUGAUAUUGGAUCACCAGCAAAUUGUUUACAAAGUGCUAGUUAUACAGAAUUAUGUCGUAAUUUAGUGUCUGGUUGGCAACAUGUUUGGCUAGAUGAUAGAAAAGUGCCAAUUAUGAUUAAAGGUGAUGAAGUUAUUGGAUAUGACGAUCCGAAAAGUAUAGCGCUCAAGGUGAACUACGCCAAAGAUCAAGGUCUAUCCGGUGUAUUUUUGUAUCCAGUUAAUUUUGAUGACAGUAGUGGUCAAUCAUGCAAUCAAGGACAUUUUCCUCUCGUACAAGCAGCAAAAACGGCUGUCGCCAAUUAUACCGUGCCGUGCAUUGCACCCACUGAACCGCCAUUAAAUACUACUGCACAACCACGAAACAGGACAAAAUUAAUAACACCAAAAUGGAAAUCAUCACGCUCAGAUUAUCUUACAAAUCAUAAUAAAUAUCAUCGAAAAUCAAAUUCGUCAUCGUCGCCAUUAAAAACAUCAGUUCUAGUGGUAUUAAAUUUAUGUACUUUUUACUUGAUGAUAAUUAGUUUAUACUGA